AUAAAAGGCCGAUGGUUCACUCAGAAAGUCCAUUCUGAGGAAAUCAUGAUGAAAGUGGCCCUGGUUCUGCUGUUUGCAGCUCAUGCUUAUGGGUGUGGAAGACCCACCUACACACCUUCGGUGAGCCGUGUGGUGAACGGGGAAGAUGCUAGACCCUACAGCUGGCCCUGGCAGAUUUCUCUGCAAUAUCUCAGUGGUUCUACCUAUCGACACACCUGUGGAGGCACUCUGCUCGCCCCUAACUGGGUCCUGACUGCUGGACACUGCAUUGGAUCUCGUACCUACCGUGUGGUGCUAGGAGAGUAUGACCUUACUGUGGCGGAGAACAGUGAGCAGUACAGCGCUGUGGAGAAGAUCAUUGUUCACCCUGGCUGGGAUAAUAGCUGCUUGUCUUGUGGUAAUGACCUCGCCUUGCUCAAACUGGCCGUCCCUGCCACACUGAAUGAUAAGGUGCAGCCCGCUUGCACGCCUCCAAGUGAGGAGAACCUUUCUCACAACUACCCCUGCUACGUUACUGGCUGGGGAAGACUCUAUACUGGAGGUCCCAUCGCCUCGAAGCUGCAGCAGGCUCUGCUUCCUGUGGUCGCCCACAGUGUCUGCAGCACCAGUGACUGGUGGGGCAGCUACGUGAAGACCACUAUGAUCUGUGCUGGGGGUGACAUCCGCUCUGGCUGUAAUGGUGAUUCGGGUGGACCUCUGAACUGCAAGGGUGAAGGUGGCAUAUGGUACAACCAUGGGGUGACCAGCUUCGUGUCGUCUGCAGGAUGUAACACUCUGAUGAAGCCCACCGUGUUCACGCGCACGGCUUCCUUCACCCAGUGGAUCAGUGAUACUAUGCUGCAGAACUGAAGAACUGGAGCUUUUGAUCAUCAAUAAAGGACUUAAUAAACAUCUCAGAACAUC